AUGCCCCCCAGGCGCCUGGCCCAGCAUAUUCUGGGCCUGCUUCUGCUCAGCUGCAGAACCCUCAUCAACCUGGCUAAUCCUCCUGCCUACUGUGCCUCAGAGAAGGAUGUUGUGCUGCUACUUCUGAGGAAAUCCAUGGCCCUUCAGAGUCACCUAGUAGCUGGGGACAUCCUGAAGUUCUGGGUGGCCAUGGUGGGAGAGCCCAACACUGGGAUUAGGUUUCUGAAGGAUCCAGGUUGUGGUCGCUGUAACCAUGAACCCGAUCAUGUGAUACCCUCACAGCAGCGGAACCUGAACCUAGAGGUUGCUGCCUCACUUUUCCUGUUGCACGUCCUUGUUCGUCCGUGGUCUUCGUCCCUAUCCAUCGGUGGCUAUCCCCUGCUGCUCAACUCCCUGUCUGUGGACCCUGAUGCUGAAUGCAAGUAUGGCCUGUACUUCCGGGAUGGGAAACGCAAGGUGGACUACAUCUUGGUGUACCAUCACAAGAGAGCCUCGGGCAGCAGAACUCUGGCCAGGAGGGGACUACAGAAUGACAUGGUCCUCGGGGCCCGCAGUGUCAGGCAGGACCAGCCCCUUCCCGGGAAGGGGAGCCCCGUGGCCGGGGGCUCACCCGAGGCCCCCAUGGAUUACCACGAAGAUGACAAGCGCUUCAGACGAGAGGAGUAUGAGGGGAACCUGUUGGAGGCAGGCCUGGAGCUGGAACGUGACGAGGAUACCAAAAUCCAUGGUGUUGGAUUCGUGAAGAUCCAUGCACCCUGGCAUGUGCUCUGCAGGGAGGCUGAGUUUUUGAAACUGAAGAUGCCCACGAAGAAGGUGUACCACAUCAGUGAGACCCGAGGCAUCCUGAAAACCAUCAACUCUGUACUGCAGAAGAUCACAGACCCCAUUCAGCCCAAGGUUGCUGAGCACAGACCGCAGACCACAAAGAGACUCUCCUACCCUUUCUCCCGGGAGAAGCAACACCUAUUCGACCUGACUGACAGGGACUCUUUUUUCGACAGCAAAACCCGGAGCACAAUAGUCUAUGAAAUUCUGAAGAGAACAACUUGUACAAAGGCCAAGUACAGCAUGGGGCAAGGAGAGGGAAGAAGGAAGGACUCUGCCCUUCUAAGUAAACGGCGGAAGUGUGGGAAAUACGGCAUCACCAGCCUUCUGGCCAACGGCGUAUACUCAGCCGCAUACCCUCUACACGAUGGAGACUAUGAAGGUGACAAUGUGGAGUUCAACGACAGAAAACUCCUGUAUGAGGAGUGGGCAAGCUAUGGGGUCUUCUACAAAUACCAGCCCAUUGACCUGGUCAGGAAAUACUUUGGUGAAAAGGUUGGCCUGUACUUUGCCUGGCUGGGUGCCUACACCCAGAUGCUCAUCCCUGCCUCUAUUGUGGGUGUCAUUGUCUUCCUCUACGGAUGUGCCACUAUGGACGAAAACAUCCCCAGCAUGGAGAUGUGUGACCAGAGACACAAUAUCACCAUGUGUCCCCUGUGUGACAAGACCUGCAGCUACUGGAAGAUGAGCUCAGCCUGUGCCACGGCCCGUGCCAGUCACCUCUUUGACAACCCUGCCACGGUCUUCUUCUCUGUGUUUAUGGCCCUCUGGGUCUGUAUGCUGAGUGUGAAGAAGCGCCGGGAUGGUCCAGAAGAACCGACCAACAAAUGGAAGCAGAGGGUUAGGACAGCCAUGGCAGGGGUGAAAUUGACAGACAAGGUGAAGCUGACCUGGAGGGACCGCUUCCCAGCGUAUUUCACCAACCUUGUCUCCAUCAUCUUCAUGAUCGCAGUGACAUUUGCCAUUGUGCUGGGAGUUAUUAUCUAUAGAAUCUCCACGGCUGCAGCCUUGGCCAUGAACUCCUCCCCCUCGGUGCGGUCCAACAUCAGGGUGACGGUCACGGCCACCGCUGUCAUCAUCAACCUCGUCGUCAUCAUUCUUCUAGAUGAGGUUUAUGGCUGCAUUGCCAGGUGGCUCACCAAGAUCGAGGUCCCGAAGACAGAGAAGAGCUUCGAGGAAAGGCUAACCUUUAAAGCCUUCCUGCUCAAGUUCGUGAACUCCUACACUCCCAUCUUCUACGUUGCCUUCUUCAAAGGCCGGUUUGUUGGACGGCCGGGCGACUACGUGUACAUCUUCCGCUCCUUCCGGAUGGAAGAGUGUGCUCCAGGCGGCUGCCUCAUGGAGCUCUGCAUCCAACUGAGCAUCAUCAUGCUGGGCAAGCAGCUGAUCCAGAACAAUCUCUUCGAGAUCGGCAUCCCGAAGAUGAAAAAGUUCAUCCGCUACCUGAAGCUGCGCAGGCAGAGCCCCUCCGACCGAGAGGAGUACGUGAAGCGGAAGCAGCGCUAUGAGGUGGACUUCAACCUCGAACCCUUCGCCGGUCUCACGCCCGAGUACAUGGAAAUGAUCAUCCAGUUCGGCUUUGUCACCCUGUUUGUCGCCUCCUUCCCUCUGGCUCCGCUGUUCGCCCUGCUAAACAACAUCAUCGAGAUCCGCCUGGAUGCCAAAAAGUUUGUCACUGAGCUACGGAGGCCCGUAGCCAUCAGAGCCAAAGACAUCGGCAUCUGGUAUAACAUUCUCAGAGGCGUCGGGAAGCUGGCUGUCAUCAUUAAUGCCUUUGUGAUCUCGUUCACGUCUGACUUCAUCCCUCGCCUGGUGUACCUCUACAUGUACAGUCAGAACGGGACCAUGCACGGCUUUGUCAACCAUACCCUCUCCUCCUUCAAUGUCAGCGACUUCCAGAAUGGCACAGCACCCAACGACCCACUGGACCUGGGCUAUGAGGUUCAGAUCUGCAGGUACAAAGAUUACCGUGAGCCUCCGUGGUCAGAACACAAGUAUGACAUUUCUAAAGACUUCUGGGCUGUCCUGGCCGCCCGGCUGGCAUUUGUCAUUGUCUUCCAGAACCUGGUGAUGUUCAUGAGUGACUUCGUGGACUGGGUGAUCCCUGACAUCCCCAAAGACAUCAGCCAGCAGAUCCACAAGGAGAAGGUUCUCAUGGUGGAGUUGUUCAUGCGUGAGGAGCAGGGCAAGCAGCAGCUACUAGACACAUGGAUGGAGAAGGAGAAGCCGAGGGACGUGCCUUGCAACAACCAUAGCCCCACAACCCGGCCAGAGGCAGGUGACGGCAGCCCAGUCCCCAGCUACGAGUACCACGGGGGCGCGCUGUAGCUUCAAUGGCAGGCCAGCAGGCCAGCAGGCUUCUGACCAUCACCAAGUGACCACCCGGUUUCCUCCAGAGCCAGCACUUUUAGCCCCACCAGGGCCUGUGGCUCUUGUGUUAUCUGCACAUGUGGAGGGCCACUCUGACAUGACAAUUGUCUUCUUUCUUUUUUCUGUUUCUUCUCAUUCUUGCACAAUGCCAUUAAGCAGGGACAUUUUUAUCUUUAGUAUUCAAUGCCAAGGAUGGCUGGUGAUAGAGCUGAACGGGGCAAGGGCAUGUUCCACAGACCCAUAGUGGGGGACCUAGAGCCCCCUCCAUAGUGGUAAGGGGCCAAGGCCUUGAAUCAGCAUCCUUCAUCUGAUGGAUGCUUUGGAAUAGGGACAGAGUGGUGUCUAGGAACCUGGUGACAUUUUGCAGGAGGAUGACUUAGACUCAGGUUCCCAAAGAUGUCACCUGCUCUAGUUGGACAAGCUGGAUGAUUCCACUGUCCUUCCUUCUGGGAGCUCAGAAGUUCAGACCUGGCUACCCAAACAGUACACACAUGGUAGCUUUGUGCUAUGUGCUGGUAACGGAGGGGUGCAGGUACCUGGUUGACCAGCACUCUUGGUGUCCCUGGCAGGCUCCACAUCAGCUACUCAAGGGCCCCUCACACCGAGCUGAUGUCCUCCUUGUGAGGCAAGCUGGAGUGACAGGCGGAACAUCUCUAAAAAGGCCUAAGGGUUUCACCAAGCCCCAGGGCCUCCGUGGGUUCCUUUGCUGCUCUUUAUAACAACAUAUUGGUUUUUGUCUAAAAAUCAAUAAUGUGGUGGAUUGGGGGGAUUUUCUUUCUGUAGCUCAAGGUGGAAGGGGUUUAUUUUGUCAGUUAACCAAAUGCUGAGAGGAAAUUAGAAUAUCAUUACUACCAAAGAUUUUUCUCGGUAAAGACUUCUAUUUUGGUAACACACCUAUAUUUUCACUCACGGGGAUAUGAGAUCCUUGGCACUUACUGUUGUAAUAGCCUCGAAAACAAGCCUCACGGGCCGGCUUCAGUUGGUGUGCUAACCAGCUGGGCAGGUCUCUCAGCACUGUAGCCCCAAGUGUCUUGCCCAAGCUGGAAGAGGCAACUCCCUACGCUCGCCUUAGGGCAAGGCUGGGGGCAAGGCUGUAGUCGGCAGCUGGGGUCUGAGGCAUGGCCUUUGAAGGUUUUCACUGUUUGCUAAAAUCAUGAGACCUGAUGCUUCUCCUUUCUCUUGUGCGGUGAAGUGGUUUCCAAUGAUGUUUUGUAUAUAGCUGUCAUAUCCAGAAUUAGGUAAUUACCAAAAAUUCUUUUACAGAAACCAUUUUUUUAAAAAAGAAAAAAAAACAAAAACAAAAAAACAAAACAAAACUGAAUGUACACACACCCAUAGGAGACUGUGGCUGAACAUUUGUCAAAAUAAAUUUGAAUACACAACCCUG